AAUCGAAAGCGCUUCCGGGAACGAGAUUGGAUUUGAGUUGGAGAAACAAGGCAGUCCAAUUUUGUUGGCAGUGUACUUAAGGACUUCACUAUGGCUGCUGAGUUGGAUUUUUCACCCCCUGAAAUCCCAGAGCCUACCUUUAUGGAAAACAUCUUACACUAUGGGCUUUUCUUUGGUGCCAUUUUCCAGCUCAUUUGUGUUCUGGCGAUAAUCCUCCCUGUUCCAAAGACAUAUAAAAUGGAUACUGAAUGCUUUGAAACAAAAAGUGCUGAAGUAGUCAAGAAACCCAAAAUUGCUGCUAUCUCAGUGAACAAGAAGCUCAAAAAAGAAACAAAGAAGAAACGGUAAAAUGGUAUCAUGAUGAAAUUUUCACAGCAACCUUUUGGCAACAAGUCAAAUUGCAGUGAAGAUGAUGUUGGCGAAAAAUGAACAUCCAAAUAUAUUUGAUAAAGCUGUCCUUAUUCUACUUUUGAGGAAGUAGAUAACACUUUCUAAAAUGGCUUGAGAUUUAUUGUUUCACCUGAUCUGUAAUAAAUAGCCUGUAAGAUUAGUGAGAAAUAUUGGCUCAGUAACAGGAAAACAAUCUUUUCUUUGGUCAGUGUUUGAGAGACAACUGGAUCAUAGGCAUGUCCCAUCUUUUAAACAAAGGAAUCAAAGCACUCUACUACUUUUGUAUGUUAGUAAUAUAAUUGUUUAUAUUAUUGUUAUUCUUUCCUUUUUUUUAUUAAAAAGAGUCCUAAUAACUGUGUCUGAGUUUAGCUUUUUUGGAAUUUGAGAAUUCUUUGGCGUUUUACUGUUGUCCUAUUCUUGUGUAUAAUAAACCAAGUUGUUUAAAUUA